UCUUUUUCCCUCACACCUCUUUUGACCUCACACCUUCUCUUCAUCUCCAUCAUUGUUUAUGCAUCAGUGCAUUGCAUUCAAUUCGUGCAUACCCUUACUUCUUCCCAUCACUCGUCAUUGCCCCAUUGAUUGAUUGGUUUGAUUGAUUUGAUUGAUUCAUUCAUUCAUUCAUUCAUUCUCGCACACACUUUCACAUCCAUAUACCUUUCUAAUCUAAUCCUUACAGCCCUCUCUUUCUCUCUCCCUACAUCUCUCUCGCUCACUGACACCCAUCCUUUCCCCUUUCCCCCUCCCCCUCAUUCUAAUUCUCCUGCUCUCCAGCAUCACUUCCAUUCCCUUUUCUUCUCUCCAUCACUCAAACUCGCCCCACCCUCCCUCACCAUCCUUUCGACAUAAUCAUCUAGACGCUCCCUCCAAGAGAACUGAGAACUGCAGUCUCUUCAUAGUGUGCUCCAUCCUCUCGAUCCUCACAGGAUGGCAACACCCGUAGGGAUGCACUCUCCCUCAUCUUCCUCCUCAUCCCCAUCCUCAUCUUCACAUAGGCCAUGCACCCAUAUACCCCAUCAUUCAAGGACACGGUCAAAGACAUACGCACACCAUAGAAAACCCUCCUUCUCUUCCUCAAUAAUGUCCAAUUCCCUCUCCUCGUCCCUACUCCUAUUCCUCUCAAUUGCUCUCUUUUUCUCCUCCUUCUCCUUCGCCGCACCACCUGUAACGAAACCUACUAAAGCAACUACAGUAGCACCAACAACCACGACAGCGGCAGAAACAGCGACAGCAUCAUUAAUAGCAGCACCUUCACCCUCACCAGGCCCAUUGUUUCUUCUCCCUCGACAUGGUCACACCGGAACACUCAUUCAACACACAAUCUACUUCGUUGGCGGGCUUGGCUCUGAUGGAAAGCCGUUGAAAUCCAUUACUGCCUACAAUCUCAGGGAUCUUACCUCAACUGAGAUCCCAACGACUUUAUCUGUCUACAACCAUACUGCUACACCCAACAGAACAGCAGAAGCUGACCAUUCUGGACUUGAUAAGGUCCGGAUUGGAAUCAGCUUUGGGCUUUCUGCUCCUAAUACCCCCUCCGAGGCUUUGCUCUGGCUCUACCCAACCACAGGUGAAUACAUCUCUGAAGGAGACAGCAAUCUUCCAGCACCGGCCGGCGGUACUGGAACGGUCUCUGGAAAGACCCUCACCGGUCGUGUUGGACAUACCCUUGUGGAGCUUGAAUCCAAACUGAGAGUCUUUGGAGGACAUCGGGUACCCUCUGGAAACGGCAUCUCUGGAGCACCCGACACGCCCGCCUAUGACAUCUCUUCCCAAACUUGGUCCAACCUCACCAAGGGCUUGGCUCGCUAUGGUCAUGCCUCUGCCUCAGUAGGAGACGACAACAUUGUAUCUUGUUUUGGUAUCAGCAUCGCUGCUCUACAGCCGCCUCCACAGACGAUGACUGUGCUCGAUACAGCCGAGUGUGUCUAUUUCUCUGUAACCGCUGCAGCCUAUAGACCCGCCAGCCUGGUCUGGAGGGAUACAUCUGAUACUAUCAGCGGUGGUCGAAUCGGGCACACUCUCGUCCCAGAUGUUGCUCAUCCCGGUAUUCUGUACAUGUUUGGAGGAUCCAACACAGGAAGGACUCAAUAUUUCUCUGAUGUCUAUCGAUUGGAUGCAUCCAAACUACCAAACAUUGCCAUCUCCAAAGUUUUGCAACCCAUCACAGAGGGAUCUCUGCCACCUUCAAAUGGCGAUGGUGACAACACUACCAACCCUACCAUCCCCAACAGCGGCAUCCGGAGUGUUGUUCCUGAAGCGCGUUCACAACAUGCUGCUGUCGCUGUAGGAUCCGAGAUCGGAUUUAUGGUCAUUCACGGAGGCGUGACGACCAAUAACGCGAUGGCUAGUGGCGACCACCCAUAUUUCUUCAACAUGGAUACACAGAGGUGGGUCGAUCCUGAUACGUUCAAUCAUCAGUAUUUGCAACAGAAGUCCCAUUCGGUCGACAACGUUAGUGUGGCAGUGAUCCUUGUGGGGAUCUUGGCAUUCGUUUGUCUCCUCGGUGGUCUUGUUGUGCUGUAUAUCUGGAAGGGUAACCGGGAUGAUGAGCGCGAGCGAAAGGAAAGAGAGGAAGCCGAUGCAGCAGCGCUCGCAGCAGCAGAGGCCGAAGGGAUGGAUUCACCCGCCUUUUCGAUUUUGGAGGAUUAUUACUUGCCAGAGAGGAAUGGCAGCGGAGCCUCAGAAAGGAAGGGACACCCAGUCUAUCCAAUGAGGGCAGCAAGUCGACAUGAACAGCAUUCCAUGGUUAAUGGCCCCUUCAAAAGCACGACUCCUUUGCUUCAGGACGAUGACGAUGAUAGCAUCAAGAAGGCAAAGAAGAAGAAUAAUAGCAACAACAAGAGUCAACAACAACAACAACAACAACAACAACAACAACAACAGCAGACAGAGACGUAUCAAUCCAACCAAUCAAAACCAUGGGCAAGCAAUCGUGAGCCUCAAUCACCUGGAGGAACAACACUGACGGAGAAUGAAAGUAUAAACGGCUACAUUUCGUCCUCAUCAUCCUCAACGCCUUCAAGACAGGGACGGGACAGAGCCAACACACCCAAUACGAAUGAUACGACAACAACAGCAACAGUAGCAGAAGCAGCUGGAGUUAUAACAACAACGACAACAGUGUCAAAUGGAAAUACAUUAAAUCCAGGAGGAGGAGGUAUUUCAGGUGGACCAUUGGCUCGUGGUUCGUACUACAAUACGAGGGAUUUAUAUGUGGAUGGGGAUGAUGAUGAUGAGUCGACGAUAAUGUCUUCGAUGGCGUCUGAACCGACGAUGUCUCCAUGGGCUGGACCCGGAAGAGGCGUGCCCCUGGAUCUGGUACCACCGAACCCACAAUUCAGUCGAGGAGCGAUCCCACAGGCACAUCGACAGUUGGUAGGAAGUAUUUCGUCCCCUUCCCCCUAUUAUCCACACCAUCAGAGGAACGACAGCAAUGGCACAUGGGAUCCUAGUUCUCCAGGGGGUUCACUCUCCAGUCGAGAUGAUUUAGAACAUCACCGACGAUCUGUCAAUUCCAUGCAAUGGGUAUCGUUUGAUCCAUUAGAGUUCGCUGGUAGACCGGAAUCAAUAAUCCAUGACCCUCUUGCGCAACGUUCACUCACUGUGCGAAAUGCAUCGAUGUAUGGUGGCAACUACGACCGUAAUAGCAUGCUCAUGCAAUACACAGUGACCAAUGGUAGCAAUCCCCGAAUGUCGAUGUAUGGCGGUAGCAGCGUCUCGGACAGCAAUACUGAGGAUUCGGGAUCGUGGUAUUCAGGCCCAUCUGCCGGUAAUGGCGCUGGAGGAAGACGUGUUUCAGCAGCCUUGGCGGCUCGACAGCAGAGACGAUCUAUGCGAUACAGUCAAGACAGUCAGGCAUCUUUGUCAUCUUCGGGUAGAGGAUUAACAGAAGGGAUAACAGCAACAGCAACAACAGCUUCAGGAGAUGAUCCUCUCAUGACAAGAGCUUUGCCAAUGAUUACGACACCUCCAAAGAUCACUCGACCUACUUCAAUUAAAAUGAUGCCUCCACGAUUGGGUAACGGAGCCAAUGGAGCACUUUGGGAGGAAGAUGAGGAGGGUAAUGGAGAAGGAGGAGGAGGCCUUGGACUUGAUUUCUCAUCUUUUAGUGUUUCGAAUGAGAUCAAUCUGAGUCGACUGUCGACCAAUAAUCCUAGCCGGACAAGCUUUAGUAAUCCAGCAGCAGCGUAUCAACCUAGACGGGGAUCUAAACUAUCAUCGAGUCUGACAGUGAAUGAAGUGACGAAUGAGGAGACAAAUCCGACAAGUACAGCGCUCUCGACCUCCACAUUAUCCUUAUCGUCCUCACCCUCCAGAGCCAGUACAUCGAUGACCAGUGUGAUUUUGAGGAUGCCACCGCCUCCUAAACAUAUUCAUGGUCAAACCGGUAGCGAUGCUGACAUUGACAACAUUAACAUUGGCAUUGACUUUGACUUUGAUAAUAUUGACACUACUACCAACAACAACAACAACAACAGCAGCAAUUAUGGUGAUAGAAAUGCCAAUGAUAACGGUAAUGGUAUUAACAUGAGACCACCCAAGCCAGUAUCAUCAGCAUUAAGGACUAGCAUUUUAGAGCUAGGUAAAGAGAUGCCAGGGUUUUUGAAUUAUGGCAAUAAUUAAAGAAGAAGAAGAAGAAGAAGAAGAAGAAAACUUGUAACAACACUAUUUUAUUUAUUACUAUCAUUCCCCACACGCAUUUUUAAUUAAUACUAAAAUAAUAAAAAAAUAAAAUAAAAUGA